AUGUCGGUAACGCGAUCGCACAGCGAUGCGCGCUGGCAGGAUCGCCAUUGUUACCGUAGUGUCGUGGUGGACCGGAGGUUAAGGCGUCCGCUUCUCAUGCACGAAGUGCGGGCUCGAGACCUGGUUAUAACCGGCGAAGGCGAAGGUGAAGGUGAAGGUGAAGGUAAAGGUAAAGGUGAAGGUGAAGGUGAAGGUGAAGGCGAAGGAGGAGAAGGCCAAGGCGAAGGAGAAGGCGUGAAGAUGAAGGCGAAGGCGAAGGCGAAGGCGAAGGCGAAGGCGAAGGGGAAGGCGAAGGCGAAGGCCAAGGCGAACGCUAAGGUGAAGGUGAAGGUGAAGGUGAAGGUGAAGGUGAAAGUGAAGGUGAAGGUGAAGGUGAAGGUGAAGGUGAAGGUGAAGGUGAAGGUGAAGGUGAAGGUGAAGGUGAAGGUGAAGGUGAAGGUGAAGGUGAAGGUGAAGGUGAAGGUGAAGGUGAAGGUGAAGGUGAAGGUGAAGGUGAAGGUGAAGGUGAAGGUGAAGGUGAAGGUGAAGGUGAAGGUGAAGGUGAAGGUGAAGGUGAAGGUGAAGGUGAAGGUGAAGGUGAAGGUGAAGGUGAAGGUGAAGGUGAAGGUGAAGGUGAAGGUGAAGGUGAAGGUGAAGGUGAAGGUGAAGGUGAUGGUGAAGGUGAAGGUGAAGGUGGCGGUGAAGGUGGCGGUGAAGGUGGAGGUGGAGAUAGAGAUAGAGAUAGAGAUAGAGAUAGAGAUAGAGAUAGAGAUAGAGAUAGAGAUAGAGAUAGAGAUAGAGAUAGAGAUAGAGAUAGAGAUAGAGAUAGAGAUAGAGAUAGAGAUAGAGAUAGAGAUAGAGAUAGAGAUAGAGAUAGAGAUAGAGAUAGAGAUAGAGAUAGAGAUAGAGAUAGAGAUAGAGAUAGAGAUAGAGAUAGAGAUAGAGAUAGAGAUAGAGAUAGAGAUAGAGAUAGAGAUAGAGAUAGAGAUAGAGAUAGAGAUAGAGAUAGAGAUAGAGAUAGAGAUAGAGAUAGAGAUAGAGAUAGAGAUAGAGAUAGAGAUAGAGAUAGAGAUAGAGAUAGAGAUAGAGAUAGAGAUAGAGACAGAGACACGAGUCAUUUUUUAA